CUUGGCUACAGGCGGAUUCAAUGUACAAAUUCAAACGUUUGUAGAAGAGCGGGAGGUGGACUUGAUAGUUUUGCAUCCUGUGUAGUUGGGAAAAUACACUAUGUCAGCUACAUAUCUUGGUUGGGGCACCAGGCGUGCGGCAUCUGCAGCCAACCCUGGAAACUCGUACUCGCUGUACUAUACUAAAGUAUCCGGCAUUUACUCCAGCUCGAAUCGCCAAUAUAGAGCAUAAUUAGGUUUGUACAUCGGGACCACGGGCAUUGUCUGUUUAGGCGGCGGCCGACACGGCAACGCGGCUCAUUUUACUGGCAGCUUCGCCCCCAAUUCCACCAAUGUGAAGGCUACCUCCAGAAAGCUCAUGCCAAAGGAGAGCCGAACUAUGAAGCUCAAAUCCACGGAUGACGUGGUGACAUAUCUCGCCACUGCCCCUAAGGAGAGCCAGCAUGGCAAGCAUACCAUCAAAAUGUCUUACAUCUAUCGAUCUUGCAAAGAUUUCGCAGCAGUGGCUGCUGGUGUUGGCAGCGGUGAUGGAAGCAAGUUCCAGCGCUGGGACAUCUCCAACUCGGGUGGUUUGAGAGUCGACUGUCCUAACGGCCGCAAGGCGCUCCCUCGGGAGGCUAGUGCCGAAGACAAGCUUGGCGCUAGUUGGGGUGUUGGUGUUUUCUGCGAGGAAGGCGAUGCUGAGAAUGUUCGACGCAACAUUCAAUACGAGUUCUGUGUUGGCCAUUCCAACCUAUGAUACAAGCCACUGGCCAAGCGAAUGGAAGAACUUAUAUCAUAGGCAUGCGAGUACGCGGUCUACGGG